GCAAGCAGCUAGCUGUGUUCCUUCACACUCCCAUCCGUCGACUCGAGCGCUUUUGCAGCGCAUACUUGUGUCAAACAUUGACUUUAUUGAGCGCCUGAUCCGACCUGGCGAGUUCGAGCGUCGCUUAUCGUCGAGCCGUGGGCAUUGUCUGCAUUCAACAGAUCGUCGCUUGCAGGCCUUGGGCAGGCACACAUCGACCGCCUCAGCACCAGCAAUACAUCGAUCGGCUUUCCUUCCAUCACCUCGUAGCAAAGCUUUCAAGACUCUCUCUCUCUCUCGGUGCAUCGCUCCCAAAGCUUCGCAGCAUCUUCCAACCUCACCAUGGCAUUGGAUCUAGACGCAUCCUUAUCGCUCCUCAGGCAAUGCAAGUACCUGCCCGAGUCAGACAUCAAAGCGCUCUGCGAGCUGGUCAAGUCUUUGCUAUUGGAAGAGAGCAACAUUCAGCCUGUUCAGAGCCCAGUGACGGUUUGUGGAGAUAUACAUGGACAGUUUUGGGAUCUGUUGGAAUUGCUCAAGGUCGGCGGAGAACCACCCGAAACGGGUUACGUGUUCAUGGGUGACUUCGUGGAUCGAGGUUACUUCUCUUUGGAGACCUUCUCAUUGUUGAUGUGCUUGAAAGCGCGGUGGCCCGAUAGAAUCACCUUGCUGAGAGGAAAUCACGAAAGCAGGCAGAUCACUCAAGUGUAUGGCUUCUAUGACGAGUGUCAGCACAAGUACGGAAAUGCAAAUGUGUGGAAGUCUUGCUGUCAAGUGUUCGAUUACCUCAACUUGGCUGCGAUCAUCGACGGACGAGUGCUCUGCGUGCACGGAGGUCUGUCACCAGACGUCAGGACGCUGGACCAGAUCCGAAUCAUUGCGAGGGCGCAAGAAAUUCCGCACGAGGGCGCAUUUUGCGAUUUGAUGUGGAGUGAUCCGGACGAUGUCGAUACCUGGGCCGUUAGUCCUCGAGGCGCGGGAUGGCUUUUCGGCGGCAAGGUGACGCGAGAGUUCAAUCAGAUCAAUGGAUUGGAAUUGAUAGCAAGAGCACAUCAGCUCGUCCAGGAGGGCUACAAAUUGAUGCACGAUAAUGGCAUCGUGACAGUAUGGUCGGCACCAAACUACUGCUACCGGUGUGGAAAUGUAGCGAGCAUCUUCCAAGUAGACGAUCUGCUAGACGCCUCGCGCUCAAAGAGUCUUUCGCAAAAUGCGGGAAAUGGCAAGGCAGCAGCGAACGACCUCGAAGCGGGAGGCGUGGGUGGAAGCGAGCAAGAGGACAGAUUUGGAGCUCAGCACUUCAAAAUCUUCGAAGCGGUUCCGGAUCAAGAACGGACUACACCGGCGAGAUUAAACUUGCAAACGACGCAGUACUUCUUGUGACCUCGGCCCCCUGCGGCAUCGGGCGAGGAAGGAAUGCAACCCACUCCAGCAAAUGCGCUAGCACCCAGCGAGGCCGCCCAUCCGCUGAAUCCACAUGGACAUCGCAGGAACCUCUCAAAAGCGGCCGCGGGCACCUCUUUGGUCGGCUUCAAGCUGCACACGGAUUGCUGAUUGUCAGACGCAGCGGUCUGCAGUUCACGCGUGUCAAAUAUCACUUGCGCUGUCUGUAUCGAUAAUGCCAUCGGGCUUGCUGCCGCCUUUUGCCUGGGUGGCGCCCGUGCGACCACCGAACAAAUGUUUGCAACAUGAUCAGCAUUACAUGCCUGAAGCUAGGCGGUCAUGAUCAGCAGACACAGGUCCGCGGGCCCUUCGUCACGUCCUGAGUGGGAAAAGACGGAC